UUCAUGGAAAUCGUGGUCAGUGGAAGAUUGAAGACCAGACCCCGUGGUCGCCUGGCUCUCAGCCUGAGGCACCUUCCUCAAGGCUGCAGGGUAGGUUUAGGGUGACCUGUCCCCCCUCUCCAGAGAGACCCAGACAAGCUGGGAGCUGCAUGACGCUUGGCCAGGCUGACGAUCACUGGGUUUAUUUCGUUUUCCAAAGACCUCUGCUUACUUAGACCGCACUAGAUUUCACCCGCAGAUUUGAGAGAAUGUAUGAUGGACACAGGAAGAGACGAGACAUCGUCGACUUCCUGUAGAGGCAGCCAGCAGCUGAGUUCCUUAUUUGGGGCUCGGUGGAGCUGGAGACCGGGGUGUUGGUGGCAGCGCUGAGGGGCCCCUCCCUGACCCCGUCAUGGCAUCUGCUCUCACCGUCCUCUUCCUCGGCUGCUGGCUGGCCGGGCGGAGCUGGGUGUCAGGAGAGGGGUCCUACCCCAAACCCUCCAUCUCCGUCAGCCCCGGUGGGGUGAUCCCUGUGGGGGGAAACGUCACCAUCCGGUGUCGGAAUCAGUACCUGGGCCUGAGGUUCCUCUUCUACAAGGCUGGAGAUGGGAAGUAUCUGACUUACACAGACCCUGCUGGCUCUGAGGCUGAAUUUCCCAUCACCAGCGCCAGCCAGGAACACGGUGGUAGCUACACCUGUCGUUAUCAUGACAAAUCAGGCAUCUACUCAGAGCCCAGUGACCCUGUGCAGAUCAUUGUAGCAGUUGAGCAUUAA